UUGUUUUUCAUGUCCGCGGUUUGAAGCGACACAAAUAACGUGAUAUUUAGCACCUAAAAUGCGAAUUUUACCAGGGAGGGGAACCCGACCAAAAACGUGUUUUUUACCCAAUCGAUAUGCGGUUUUUUUUUUACCGGGGAUCCACCCCGAACCGAGAUUCGGUUAGUUUCGGUUGAGUUCUGAGUGGAAACUGGGUGGAUCUUGUUGUGAAAACCUGGCAACCCUGAGCAAUGUCACAAGGUGCGCGCAACAGCUAUUCCCUUCUGGUCUACAAAAUACAGCUGUUGGUGCUCCAGGUUUGUCGCUAAAAAUGACGCGGUUUAUGAACGCUUGCGCUUUUUUAGUCAAAGUCCUCACUCUACCUCUGCAAAUUGCGGAGGUGAUUGGACUUAUGUCGAUUUACAAACGCGUCUUUCCUUUAAUCGUCUAUAAAUUAUCGUUCUCCUACAAUGAUAAAAUGAACGAAAACAAAAGGGAACUAUUUCGAAACCUGGAAAAAUUCUUCCCCCCGAAAGGCUCUCUGCGCAUCCUGGAGGUGGGCUGCGGAUCCGGGGCGAACUUUGAGCAUUACCCGACGGGCUGCAGGAUCACAUGCAUCGAACCCAACCCGCAUUUCCAAAAGUACUUAGAGAAAAGCAUGGCGAAGAACGACCACCUCGUUUAUGACAGCUUCAUAGUGGCGUCGGGGGAGAAUCUAAAGGCGGUGGAGAGCAACGCAAUGGAUGUUGUGGUGUGCACGCUGGUUCUGUGCACAGUCCAGGACACGCAGAAGGUUCUGCAAGAAGCAAAGAGAGUUCUGAGGCCUGGAGGUGCAUUUUUCUUCCUUGAACAUGUGGUGUCUGACCCCUCAAGCUGGAUUUACUUUUUUCAACAUGUUCUUCAACCAUUCUGGUAUUAUUUCGGUGAUGGCUGUGAGACAACCCGUGCUACUUGGAAGCUGCUUGAGGCAGCUGGAUUCUCGGACCUGCAGCUACGUCACAUCCAAGCUCCUCUGUUUUUUAUGAUCAAACCACAUAUUGUUGGUUAUGCAGUCAAAUGAUGCCAAUUAUAAAAAAAAAAAAAAAAAACAGCAACAA